UAGAGACGCUUUUCAGACGUGGGAAGGGAGAGAAGCGCUGAACAGACUCAUCCGACCUCUCCGGCCGACGGAUUAUAACGUGUACGUCAGGGAGCCAAGACCCUCCUUCCCAGCUGGUGUGCUCGACGCCAGCAGCCCGCGGAGCGCGGCGGUGGCUGCAGAAGGAGGACAGGCGGCGCUUCUUUGACAUUGUGCUCGGCUCCUCCGACAGCUGUUUAUCCUCCUUGAAAGACCACCUCCCUACGCGGCGCAGCGCCCCGGCCCACUCCGCACGCCAGGCGCCAGGAAGCUCGCAUUGUAGCCGAGAUGAGAGGCGCCGGCGUGGCUGGCCGUCAGUGAAGCUCGACCAAAGCGGGCCGAGCGGCGGCUGGCCGGGAUGCCGGUGGGAUUGGCCCUGCUGUCCUGCCUGCUGUGGAUGGCCGCCCCCGCCCUCCCGCGUUCCGACUUCCGGCUGGCCCGCGUCACGGACGACCGCUUGCUCGCGUGCACGUGCGCCUGGGCACCGCCCGCCUGCGGCCCGCUCGACGCCAACAUCUGCGACUGCAGGGAGCGGCCCCUACCGGCGUCGUGGAGGACCGACGGCCUGGUGCACGCGAAGCGCCUGACCGUGUGGUACACCUCGGCGCUCGGUGUCGCCCUCCUGCUGGACGGCUCUGAGGUGCGCCACCUGUCGCUGGUCAAAUGCAAUUCCUCCGCGGCCAAGACUGCUUCCCACGAUUACUUCACCGUGCAGCGGCUGGAGAGGCUGACCGUCUCGUACCCGUUCCUGAGGGCAGGGCCGAGCCACGACCUCGUUCUGGGGGCUCCUCACCCGGAGGAGUCGCGGGUGGGCGUCAUCCACACGUCCAUCCUGGCAGGGAAGCCCACCGUGAAGGCGUACACAGUGCUCACCAACGUGGACAGCGACGGGUUCCUCCCUUUCCCCUGCCUUCGCAUGUCACGGCUUAGGCUUCCGGAAGCUUCCAGCGUGUUUGUGACUUUUCUCUACUGAAGAACACACCUUGUCACCUCGAGCAACGGUAACAAAACUGCACCUUCUGAGACUUUGUCGACUGGAAUCAUCAAAGCAGACAGAUUUCUUAAAGGGGCGUUUCUUUUAAUACCUUUCAUAGUUUCGUUACAGUUUACUUCUUACGUUGUACACAGUGUAUUCCAGGUUCUUCAGUCUGACUGGCAGAAAGGUGGCAUGCUGUGGGCAGAGCCACUGAAUCAACCCCUCAGCUGAAGGAUCUAGGUUCAAAACCCUCCCCCUGCUGUAGUACCCUUGAUCGAGGUACUUAACCCUAAAUUGCU